AAAUAAAUUACAAACUGCAAGCCCGCUUCUUUUUUUCAGAUGAGUGUGACAUGUUGAGCUCGUUAUGGUUAUAAAGAUCAAGAUAAUCGGAAUGUCCAAAGCAUAUUAAAGGCCAAGACAUGUAUUCAUUGAAUUCAAUGUGGGGAGUAUUGCGAGCCUUAAUACGUAGGUUUGCUUUAGCUCAAGACUGUGAUGUCAAUAUCUAUAAAUAGACGAUUUACGUGAUUUCAAUAUGGUAGGCCAAUACAAGUCUUCAUAUCCAUAUAUAUUAAUCAACAUGAUGGUGCUGUAUUAGUAGUAACUAAUUCCGGUGUAUUAAAAACAACAGAAUGAGCAACGAUUUCAGAAUGUACAAAGAAGAAUAUCCUUCAGUCCCAAGACCUCCAUACGAUCAUGAUGCGUCUACUGUUGCAUUUAUUGUGUUCUCGGUGUUAAUAACUAUAUUUAAUAUUAUAUUAAUCACCGUAUUCCUCUUCAGUCCAGUUUUACGUCGAUCUAUCAAGCAUGUGUUAAUAGUGGUCCAUUCGGCGUCCGCCUUCAUUCUCGGGAUUUUGGUCUUGCCAGUCCUCACCGAUUAUGCUAUUCUAAGCCGUAACUGUGAUAUGUUCGUUACAUUCAACGGAUUGUACUUUGUUUACACUGCAAUAUCAGCCUGGAUGAUAUUUAUCAUAUGUCUGGAUAACGUUCUCUACAAAUGGAGAGUCUGUAUUAAAAGACGUGUAUAUGUGGGGGUUGGUUUGAGUAUUGCCGUAUGGAUCGGAAGCGCGGUGGUCAUCAUGACCACAACGAGUACGACACCUAGACGCCCAGAACCAACAACCUACGAACGAACAAACUGUUUCUUUUUUUUAAAACCCGAAUACGAAGAAGUUGUGGGUAUCUUGACCUAUUUACCAUACCUCCUCGUUUUCUUAAUGAUCUUUGUUAUAACAUUCUCGUGUAUCAGAUUUCAUUAUUCGCACAGAGAAACCGAUUUUCACAAACAUGAGAUACAAGACAAAUUCUUCCCAUUAGACAUUGCUCUGGUGGCCAUCUUCUCCAUUUUGCUGGACGUUUCACACUUUGUUGGAUUAUUGGAACCCGGUGAUGAACCAUGGUCAGAUCAAGGUUGGUCAAAGAUAUACAUGGUAGCUACCCUGUGUAUAGCAUCCAUCAAACCUGUUAUAAUUCCGAUGUUUUGGUUGACUAACAGAUUUACCAGAAAGAUGGUAACAAUCGUGGUGUGUUGCAAAAAAGCUCCAGAGCCCAAUCGGAACACACAGAGUCCCACUGACGAAAUCAUGGUGGAUAUGAACAACGGAUAUCGUAAUGCGUGGGUUGAAGGCUAGACAAGUGCAUCACGAGAAUACAUAUUCCUCCAAGGAAGCCAUGGCGGGAAUAAUUAAUGGACACCGUGGGUUGAAGGAUAGAUAAAAUCAUUAUGAAAUUAUGUUUGACCGACCUGUGACUUUUUAACAAAUAACAAUUUUUACAGAAACUUUAAUCAAUAAUAUUCUGCGAUGCUGUAGUAGAAAUAUUUGGUGCCAAUGCUAAAAUAUUGACAGAAAGAGUUGUCGCAAAUUUCGAUAUUUUCAGACAAUAUCUAACUAUUCACGAAUCAAUUCACUUGCUUGGUUAUAUCCAAUGCAGUGGAUGCGGAUAGUUGGGAAAUUUGUAAGUUGAAUUACAUCUUAAACAUAUUUCUUUUCGAAAUCCAACUUUCACAAAAAUAACCAACCGCCUUAAAAAUCGACACAAGGUGUUCUACAUUGUGGAAAUAUUAGAUAAUAUGUAAACAAACAAGCCGCCACGUGAUUUCGGUGCAUAUUGUGAUUUAUAAAUAAAGACAAAAAAAUCAUUAAACCAGA